AUGAACAUUCUAUCUUAUAUCGGAAUUAAUCUACAGUCCGAAGUAUGCAUCUGGACGCUUCUGGGACUCAUUCGGACGAUCUUUGACGCCACGCUGUUCAAAGUUAAUGCUAAUCUUAAACAGGUAUGGCAAAUGACGAUGCCUCCAGAGCUGUCUUUACCGAUACAACGUGUGUUGCGCACGAUUAUUUCUGGGGUGAUGCUCGUACAAUGUUUCACAGUUUAUGUUUACCUCGCCUCGUACAUCGUUCUACUAUAUCCAGUAUUCUUGGAAGAACGCCCUACGCUGGUUCUACCAUGGUUGUUACUGGCUGCAGUAAGAAAGUUAUUAUGUGAGCUUACUAGUCUAGCUUUGGGAUUGGGUACGUGUGUAUUGCUCGGGCCUGGCCGACCACCGUGUAUAAGAUUUCUCAUUUUGAAGAUACUUACAAUAAUGCCUGCGUUUUACAUGUGGACGCUAGUUUUUGGGUAUUAUCAUAACUUAAAAAUGGCUGCAGCGUUUAAAUCAUUUCCUACCAAUUUAGUCGCUGGCAAUGAUAACGACUGUGGUCUUGAGUUAGCUAUUCGCAGGCGUCGCACAAAGUCAUUGCAAGGAGAAGAUCAGUUGCGGAAAAAGCUUAUAGCAAACUUCGACAGACCUUUAUCGACAGUGAGUUCGAACUACCGAAAAAUAGAACAAUGUGAACAGAAAUUGACAUCGUUGAGCUCUGAAGAAAUUAACAUUCCAGAUAUAUUACAACCUCUAUCGGUUACAUCUAAUAGAACUCUGUCAGACCUAAUCAGAUACGGCACAUAUGAAGACUGGUUUGGUAGUGAAGUUGUUGUCCCUAGAGACACAGAUCGUAUUCUAGAACAAUUUGUAAUAAUGCUACUACGUAUUGGUGUAUAUUUGAGUAAGGAAAACGGCGAUACGACAAAAUUGUUUAACUCAAGUUCAAUGCCACUAUUGUCAAGUCAGAGUAUUCAGUGUAAUCCACUAUCACAAGACAAUGCUGAUACUCCACCAUUGGUUGGUAGCAGUCAAGGUAGAAUAGCUUCUUACCUACGUGACUAUCCAAAAAUUUUCAUGAAGAAGCCGUCCGAUGUUCUGACGCGGUUGCGCUCUGAUGCUCAUCUUGAAUGUGACGAAGAUAAUGAGCAGAAUCGCCUAUUGGAAUCAGGGAGCAAUAAUUCAAUUAAAUCUACUAAGGACAUUUCUCUAGGAACAAAAGAAGUCAGUAGAAAUAGUGAUGAACGAUUCGGAACAAGGUCCAGUAGUGAAAUAAUCAAAGAGUUCAAAGAAGAUUAUAUUCAAUUGCGAACUAAACGAUCUAAACUUGAACAAAAGACCGACAGUGUUGGAAAAACAAAUGCAAGUGAUAAAGACAACAACAUUCAAUCUCAGAUUUCUAAUGACAGUAUUCCUUCAAAAAAUUCUAAUAAUGAGCCGAUCGCUCGUCAAUCAAAAAAAUUGAAACGGAAAGAUAGAAAGAAGAAAUAA